UUCGAAAUCGCUCAUCACUAGCUGAAUGUUGUCAUGUGACCAUGUCUGUGUCAGCAGCUAAUCGAUGAACCAGUUUCAGUGGAGGCAGCAGCCUCAUCUUUAUUUCAGUUCUUCUCUGGAAAACAUCUCAUCUAUGCUCUUCAUCACGGUGCGGGAUUAGCGAAGAACAUACGCUUGAGAUGACAUUGAACACUGAACACGACUCUCUGUAACUGUAUGGACCCUGUCGAGGUGUGUUUGCACCUUUUCCCCCUCAAUGGUGGCGGCUCUGACUGACAGCACAAGUGUGUUUACCUCUACUUUUACCCUAUGGUGUCCCUGUAAGUUUUAUCUGAGGGUGUGAGAAAAGCAAGCGUCAUGUCGAGGGCGGACAGGGCUAUUAACAGUGAAGUGGGCGAUUGGGGCUACAGUGAGGAUGCUGGUGAAAGGGCGUGGCUUCUGCAGAGUCCCAGCGUGGACUCCAUCCAACUGCCUAACCAAUCAGACAACAGAAGGGAAGGGACAUCUACAUUAGGGGCUGUUUUUAUUGUGGUGAAUGCUGCUCUGGGAGCCGGACUUCUCAAUUUUCCUGCUGCUUUCAACAUGGCUGGUGGCGUCACAGCCGGAGUGACCCUUCAAAUGUGCAUGAUGGUCUUCAUCAUCACUGGGCUGGUGAUCUUGGCUUAUUGUUCUCAGGUGAGCAAUGAAACAACGUAUCAGGAGGUGAUUCGUGCUGUGUGUGGGAAGGUUCUCGGUGUCAUAUGUGAGCUGGCCAUCGCUGUUUACACCUUUGGCACCUGCAUAGCCUUCCUUAUUAUUAUUGGAGAUCAGUUGGACAAGUUGAUUGGUGCUAUAAAUCAUGAGUCAGAAACAGCGAUUAUUUCGCACUGGUACACAGAUCGUAAGUUCACCAUCACUUUGACCUCCGUGCUGAUCAUUCUUCCUCUGUCCAUACCCAAAGAGAUUGGCUUCCAGAAGUAUGCCAGCACCCUGAGUGUUAUCGGCACCUGGUAUGUGACAAUCAUAGUCAUCAUCAAAUACAUCUGGCCUGACAAAGACGUUUCUCCAGGAAUCAUCCCAAUCAGCCCUGCAUCCUGGACCGAUGUGUUUAAUGCCUUGCCUACAAUCUGCUUUGGUUUCCAGUGUCAUGUCAGCAGCGUUCCUGUUUUCAACAGCAUGAAGAAGCCAGAAAUCCGGCCUUGGUGGGCAGUUGUUACAGUCAGCAUGAUCAUCUGCCUCUUUGUGUAUACAGGCACGGGCGUCUGUGGCUUCCUGUCAUUUGGCUCAAGCGUGAGCCAGGAUGUAUUAAUGUCGUAUCCAUCUAAUGAUGUUGCGGUGGCCAUUGCGCGAGCCUUCAUCAUCAUCUGUGUUGUUACCUCGUAUCCAAUUCUGCACUUUUGUGGAAGGGCAGUGCUGGAAGGUUUGUGGUUGCGUUUUAAAGGAGAGGAGGUGGAGACAGAUGUGGCCAAGGAACAGAGACGGAGGAUAGUGCAGACACUCGUCUGGUUUUGUCUCACACUAAUUCUUGCUCUCUUCAUUCCUGAUAUUGGACGAGUCAUUUCACUAAUUGGUGGUUUGGCUGCGUGCUUCAUUUUUGUUUUUCCAGGGUUGUGUUUGAUUCAGGCAAAGCUUUCAGAGCAUGAUUUCAGAUCAGCCAGUUGGAAUGCAAUGGUGGCCUAUGGAGUCAUCAUGGUUACAAUUGGCGCGUUCAUCUUUGGCCAGACUACCACGAAUGCUAUCUACAAAGAUAUCAUCAGCAGCCCAUAGGGAGGGGGAAUGGGGUUGUUGUGACCACCAAUAUGGGCUAUGAACCAAUAGAGAUAGUUAAAACAAGGGAAUGAAGACUGUCCAAAAAUCAUGUCUACCACUGACCUCUAUUACGUAUUCAGGAGACUGGUUUAAAUGUCUCAUAUUGCAAAGCAUGCACUCCCACAGAAACCUGUACCUCUUGAUGUAGUGGAUCAACCACCAGCAUGCAACAUCAACCUCUCUGCUCUGGCUGUUUGUGAAUGGAGGACCCCCUGGAAAGGAUGCUAUACUUCUCUAUUCUGAAUGGAUGUGGACAUUGUGUUAAAUGCUCCUAAGUUAGAUCUUCCAAAUAUAAUCUAUUUCUUUUGAAAUGUAAAUGUGUCCCCUUUCCCUUCUUUUUAAGUUUUAUAUAUUUUUU